AUGAAUGGGACAGAAAAGGCUUUAACCGGAAGUUUUGACGACCCUUAUUCACCAUGGAGUCCAAUUCCCAUGACAAAAUCGGAUGGUUCAUCCAAUUUUGUUAUUACUCUUAAUUUAAAAUCAAGCACUCCUUAUUAUUAUAAAUUUGUUGUUGAUGGCCAGUGGGUUUUGGAUCAUGAUGAGGAAGCUCACCCUGAUUCUGGUGGACACUUCAAUCAUGUGAUUUGCGUUCCACCACCUCCAGUUAUGAAGUCCGAUGAUGUGGUUCAAGGAACAAAAGAAGAGGAACAAGAAUGGCAAUUAGUACAUUCAGAAGAAACGUCGUCAGACGAAGAUCAAAUAAUUAUCGAUCGGAAAACUAUAGCAGAAAUUCAAUCAAAUAAGGAAGAAAUAAAUCCAAAUGACACUGCAGAAAUUCAAUCAAACAAAGAAGAAAUAAAUCCAAAUGAAACUGCAGAAAUUCAAUCAAAUAAGGAAGAAAAAAAUCCAAAUGAUACUGCAGAAAUUCAAUCAAAUAAGGAAGAAAUAAAUCCAAAUGAUACUGCAGAAAUUCAAUCAAACAAGGAUGAAAUAAAUCCAAAUGAAACUGCAGAAAUUCAAUCAAAUAAGGAAGACAUAAAUCCAAAUGAAACUGCAGAAAUCCAAUCAAAUAAGGAAGAAAUAAAUUUAAAUGAAACUGCAGAUGAUGAC